GAUCCACUCGGCCUUGAUCCUAACAGAGAGAUUGUACAUAGCAGCCUAUACUCUUCUCUCUGCACUAAUUUUCCCAGACAACUUAUGGGAUUUUCAGAUUAUCCGUUUGAAAUCAGGAAAAAUGGUGAACUGAAGACUUUCCCGGGUCAUGAAGAGGUGCUCAAGUUUUUGAACGAGUUUGCCAGGGAUUUUGGACUCGAUGAGUUGAUUAGGUUCAAUACAGAAGUUGUCCGAGUUAAACGAGUCAAUGAUAAGUGGAUCGUUGAGUCCAGAACAAAAACGAAUGAUUUGAAUCUGGAAGAGGCGUUUGAUGCUGUUGUAGUGUGUAAUGGUCACUACACUCAACCAAGAAUCGCAGUGGAUAUUCCAGGCAUCGAAAAAUGGCCUGGGAAACAAAUUCAUAGCCACAACUAUAGAGUUCCUGAACCAUUUCAGGAUCAGGUUGUGGUUGUGAUUGGACAUAGUGCCAGUGCGCAUGAUAUCUCCAAGGAAAUUGCAAAGUUAGCUAAAGAGGUUCAUCUUUCAUCAAGAUCCCCCAAUGUUAAAGUUUCAAAGUUGGAUUAUCACGACAAUACUUGGCAGCAUUCAAAGAUUGAACGUGUUUACGAAAGUGGAGAGGUAUCUUUUCAAGAUGGUGCUUCCGUCCAUGCUGAUAUUAUUCUCCACUGUACAGGGUUCAACUAUGAUUUUCCAUUCCUAGAAACAAAUGGAAUUGUAACUGUGGAUGAUAGACGGGUUGGACCCCUUUACAAGCAUGUUUUCCCCCCAAAGCUAUCUCCUACCCUCUCUUUUAUUGGAAUACCUUAUGCAGUGGUUGUAUUCCAUAUGGUAGAAUUUCAAGCAAGGUGGGUGGCGAGUGUUUUAUCCGGUAAGGUACUUAUACCUUCUGAAGAGGAGAUGUUGAUCGACAUCGAAAAGCAUUACCAGCAUAUGGAGGAAGCUGGUAGACCCAAAUACCAAACUCAUAGCCUACAUUUUGACGAGUUUGGGUACCUAGAUUGGCUAGCUGCCCAAGUGGGAGAACCAGGAAUGGAUGAAGGACUCAAAGAAAUAUUUAGGACCCUUUUCAAAUUUUUUGCUGAUAAAGGGUGGGCUGGGUUCAGAGAAUUAUUUCUGGAAAAAUUGUCUAUAAAAACUAGGUCUACAAUGAGAUAAGCAGGCACUUGUGAUAACCCUCACGAGUCCUCAAUUUAAACAUUCUGUUAUUUCUUGUAAUUAUUGUGACAUGUUUGGUAAUGUGAUUAAGAUUUGUGAAAGUUAUGAAUUAAAAAAGUAAA